UCAGAGUCCAGCUAGCGGCCCAACUGAAAAUUUAGCAUGAUGAGUGCGGCGCACAUUCGCUUUCAUUCAUCCUUGCUUCCUUUUAGUCCCGUCCCACGUCAACCACAGCUCCAUCGACUGUUCCACAACAUCCAUUUGUGUCCUAGUCCUAGAAACCUUCUCUUCAGCAAGUCGUGUCGUCCGACCCAAAGAGGUCCUAACCACAUCCAUGUCGUCGAGCACCGGGUCAACGCCGGACACUAGUUCGAUCGACGCGCCGGCCACGGCCACGGCCGGAACAACAACAAGCUCCAACCUCACGCUGCUGUACAUCAUCAUCACCGUCCUUGUCGGCGUGCUGCUGUACAUGGCCGUCCGCUACGGCCUGUCGGUCCUGCGCGAGUGGCGCGAGCGGAACGGGAACGGCACCGGCGCCGGCCACGGCGCGCUUCUCGGCUCCGACGACCUCGGGCUUAGCAUGGACGACAUCACCGCUCUCCCCACCUUCACCUACAGAUCGCGAGCGGCGCCCAUGACGCCGCAAUCGCUUAGCAGAUGCGCUGGCAGCAGCAGGAGCAAGGGGAGGGAGGCGGUGGAGUGCGUGGUGUGCCUGCAGGAGCUCGUGGACGGCGACGUGGUGCGCGUGCUGCCGGCGUGCAAGCACUUCUUCCACGGCGGCUGCAUCGACGUCUGGCUGCGCACGCGCUCUUCGUGCCCGGUGUGCCGGGCGUACCCGGAGCCAGAGGCCGGCGCGCGGCUGGGCGAGCUCUCGCCGCCGCUGCCGCAGCUGCGACGCUGCGGCGUGUCUCCCGAGCGGCAUCCUACGUCGUCGGCUUCAAGGAUCCUGGCGGACAUCUUGGCACGAUCGCCGUUGAGGAUCGGGAGCUCUUCUUCGGCUGCGAGCGGGACGAAGGAGGAGGUGAUCCUGUCCAGGUCGGCAUCACCAAUGCCAACGGCGAGUACAAGUGAUUACAUCCUGUCAAGAUCUCCAUCGCAGGCGCCACUCGCUCAUUCGGCAUCGUCCGAGACGCUGGAAAUUCUGGUGGUCCGGUCGAAACCGCCGUCACCGAUACGGUUCGGACGGCAGUCCACGACGAGGUGCGUUGGCGUACUGGAGCGCACGGAUGUGAUUAGGUCGGCGUCGUUGUCCCCGGCAACGUCUAUAGCGCAACGGUGACUUGCAGUCGAAAUUGCUGUCACCACACUAGGUACGUGCAACGGGACAGAGGCGACGAAAUGUUACAUGGCCUGCACUGUUGAUUGAGUGGUUGUGCAGUAAAUAGAAGAAUUUUUUGAACAUUGCUACGAGGUGCUAUUUGGACCUUUGGCAUCCAAUUAUUCGAGAUUCGUUUGGUGGAAUUGCAAAGGGUGUAAGCAUUUAGUGUCAGGUAUAUUGUUUUCAAAAUGCAUGACCAGAGUGCCUAGCUUUAAAGCUGUAUUCUUUCUUCUCACCAUGACGAAAGUGAGAGAUACGCGAUGCCUUCUUUUCUUUGUUGCA